AUGGAGUAUAUCUCUCUGAGCCACGUUUGAGCCUUUAGAACACAAAUUUUUAGCUCAUAUGUUACCUCUACUAUACACAUGUAUACGCAUAUGUAUUUAGACUAUACAUAAACGUGGCGAUAUAGGUUAAAUGUUUAUAGUCUAUGGUGGACUAACAGUGUUUUGCAAUUCGUAGUUUAGUAAUCUUUUGAUGGCAGUGUUUCGAGUUGCGUGGUGCCAACGUCACUGCAAACAUGAGUGGUAAAUCACGUAAAGUGAAAAAUCCAUUAUUAUCAGCUGCUGGUGAAGGCUUUCCGUUUGAAAAUUACACCGAAAAUGCAUUUUUGAUGCCAGUUACGCCUGCUACACCUGCGGUACUCUGCGAUGGUGCUGAACAGAACAACUUCAUAGGUCAGGAGCCGGCGAGUUUACAGAAUUCAACAACAUCGGCAACUGCAGCCGAUGCGGAUAGUGAAUUCACGCCAAUACCCUUGCAUGCUGAAGAAAGCAAGAAUCCACCGAGUCAGCCAACGAAACAAGGCUACCUCACCUCCAUUCUUUCCUCCUUGCCGAAUUUAUCAUUGUCAUCGAUUACCGGCGACAAUUCGACAUCUCAGGCGAAUCAAGGAGUCGAGAAAGUAACCGGUGUACAGAAUACAAAUCCUUAUGUGCCUUCGCAUGAUCGUAACUCGUUGAGGGAUACGUCACCUCCUGUAGUCGCCAAUUUUCACGAUCCUCGACGCACAAAUUUUACAGGAUCCGUCGAGGUUAAUUCUGGAAUUAGCGGAAGUUUGUCAGCUCCGCCACAACCGACGGUGCCACCUACGCUUCCUUCGUCAACGAAUGGAUCCAUUUCAUAUCGGCUUGGCAGUCAAAGACGUCUUAAAUACGCACCGCUGCCCGAUUUAACAUCAAACGCGUCCAAACAAUACUCCGCCCCGGUAACUCAGCCGUUAACCAUAUCGAAUAUCGCAACACCUAAUAUAUUCAAUCCAAACGAAUCUAUCGCGCCAGUUCCAAGUUACCAACCUGUUGAAACGUCGAUUUCCACCAAUUCACCGUCGUUACAACGUUCCACGCCGGAGUAUCUGUCACAGGCUAACUCUUUGCAAGAGUCUUUUAGGUCCAGUCCAGUGGCAGCAACAGUUCCUUACAGCUCUACCGGCACUUCGCGAAGUGUAACGCCUCAAAAUCAAAAUUCGGGUCCCGAAACUGUUCCUGUCGUCGACAGACCAAACGUUCCUCUGUCGUCUGCUCGGACAAUUCCUCCGCAAGUUCCGGAAUUACCGAUUACUCCACAGAAUACUCCGGCCAACGUUUCUUACUACGCGUUUGACGCAUACGCUGGUCAACGAGAUUUCCCUUCGAAGACAGUCAACUUAGAAAAAGAACCGGUGGUAGCGAAGAGUCAAACAGACUCGCCUUUGCCAGUUUUGAAGGACAGUACUGUGAGACCAAGCGCGGAAGCGAAACCUUCUGUAACCUUUGCGCCAGUGUCUGCGGUUCAAGUUUCGGAGAAGUUGCAACACUUGCUUGCCAAACGAAAGGAAGAUUCGCCGGAUCUACCUACCGAGAUAUCAACGAAAGUCGAGGAAAGUGCAGAACAGUGUGAAAUCGCUGAGACUUUCGACGAUGUAAAUUUAACUACUGCUGAAGACAAGUACGAUUUACCGAUAUCUGACGCGUUGAGCAAUGCGUUUGUAAGACAAGAGGCUUCAGAGGCGAUACAGCCAACGAUACCUUCUCAGGAAGUGCAGACAGACCUCGAAAAGUUCGAUGCACCGCAGAGUCAUGGUGUUCCAUCGAACGUGCAACCCCCACAACAAUAUUAUCAACCUCAGUCUUUCGCAUCGAGUGGUGACUUCUUUGUGGGAAAGCUGCCAGACCAGAGGUUGAGUUCUUCUGCAGCGGUUGCUUCAGUUGCCAGCACAUUCCCCGGUCUCUCGAACAAUUUCGCACAAUCUGCGAGCUCGUUCUUCGCUACGCCGAAGGAGGAUACCAGCUCGUUUUCUACUUUCCAGUACAAAGAACAUAGCACGAAUGCCCCUGUAGACGUACUUUAUUCGGGAAACGAUUUGCAACAAGUGUCAUUCGGUAGCUCGAUCGAUUCCAGUUUCGCUAGUCCUUCGAUACCCGCAGCUCAGUCGCCGUGGGACGGUAAUCAAAUUUCUCAGACUGUGAUUGCAACAUGUAACGCGUCUGCUCAACAACCGCAACAGCCUUUGUUUUACAAUCCCGCACAAUUUCAAGAAUUACCGCAAUACACACCUACAAGCCACUUGUACGCACCACCAGUGCAAAAUAUAACAACGAACCACGCUCAUCACUAUUUCAAUAAUUUCGCUGGACCAACGCAAACGUACGAUAUAACGAGUGGAAUUGGCAUUGAAUUUCCUACUACGUCUCCUGUGACGGCAAUCGUACCUGAACCCACAGGUUCGGCUACGCUGAAUCCAGUUCAGAUGUCAGUUAACCCGUUGGGUGUGCGCGAAAACACUGACUGUGUUUCUAAUAUUCAGAACUUGGCUGCUGGCUCUAUGGAUAAACGCAUGCAGUACAGAGGAGUGUAUCACCAUUGGUUUUAUCGCAAGAAGGUGGAACACAAAGUGCUAUGGCUUCCGUUCUCCAUGCAAGACAGCUUGCGUUUAGAAGACGUUCACAACUCUAGCGAAAUCACCCCUGAAACGACAGUUGCUACUGACGGAGGUCGUUACGACGUAGACAUUUUACGUCGUCAGAGAUCCCCCGUUUAUUGGAGUGGAGAAUCGACGGAAGUGAGACGAUGUUCUUGGUUCUUCAAAGGACCAACCGAGUCAAGAUACGUUCCUUACGACGAAAGCAUUGCCGCCAAACUCGAGGAAGAGUAUAAACAAGCAUGUCUGUCGAACAGUUGGAACCGAAGGAUCGACUUGAACAGCGGAGAAUACAUCAUCUUUCACAGUGCCACAGUUCAGGCCCAUUAUUUGACAGCUGCAUCACCAGAAUUGGCAGCUUCGUGGGGCAAUAGCGCGGGCUCAGAGGACAGUGCAUAUUUACAGGGUGCUGGUAGUAGGCCUAAGGUGAUAAAAAGAGGCCUUGACGAGUUCCACAUCGAAGAUGGCGAGCCUGAGAAAGUGGACCAUCUUCUGUUCAUCGUUCAUGGCAUUGGAAGCGUUUGUGACUUGAAAUUCCGAACCGUGGAAGAAGUUGUCGACGAAUUUCGAAGUAUUUCGCUGCAGUUAGUCCAGUCACAUUAUCGAACCGCCAGUGAACAGAGAAUUGUGAAUAGGAUAGAAGUUUUACCAAUAUCGUGGCACACGACGCUUCAUUCCGAGGAUACUGGAAUCGAUAAAAAAUUACAAGCGAUCACUUUGGAGAGUAUACCGAAAUUACGUCAUUUCACCAAUGACACGUUGCUCGACAUACUUUUCUAUACUAGUCCCGUAUAUUGUCAAACCAUCACAGAGACGGUUGGAAAUGAAAUAAACAGACUAGCCGCUCUUUUCAAAAAACGUAACCCGGAUUUCGAUGGUGGAAUCUAUCUGGGCGGCCAUUCUUUAGGUAGUUUAAUUUUAUUUGAUCUCCUGUGCCAUCAGAAACCUCUGUCGAAUGAUACAUCGUGUGAUGACAGUGAAAUUAACGAAGAGCAAAAUCAAGAAAAUAUCGAUCCCUCUCAAUUAUCCGAUCAUGUAGCGAAACGACGUCUCAGCAAAAAGAUAAGCUACGUAGUAGGUUCUGCCGGAACGGGUCAGCCUUAUAUACACUAUACACAGUUACAUUUUCACCCACGUGCCUUUUUCGCUCUCGGUAGUCCAAUUGGUAUGUUCGUGACAGUUCGUGGCAUUGAUAUGCUCGGGGAAGACUUUGUAUUACCAACGUGCCCCGCCUUUUUCAACAUAUUUCACCCGUUCGACCCAGUAGCUUAUAGAGUCGAAGCACUCAUUAAUCCAGAUGCUCCUAAAUAUCGACCAAUGUUGAUUCCCCACCAUAAGGGACGUAAGAGAAUGCAUUUAGAAUUAAAGGAAACAAUGGCGCGGGUCGGCGCGGAUCUGAAGCAGAGGCUACUGGAUUCCGUAAGAAGUACAUGGAAUUCUGUCUAUCAGUUGGCGGUGUUUCACAGAUCAGAUAAUAACACACUCGAGCGUGAAAUAGAUAAAGUCAUGGAAGAACAGUUGCAACAAACAGUUUCGGACCAACAAACUAACGACGAUAUCGAUGUUGAGCUUAAAGUGGGCAACCUAAAUGGUGGGCGAAGAAUAGAUUACGUCCUUCAAGAAGCUCCGUUCGAGUACAUUAACGAGUACAUUUUUGCAUUGACAAGUCACGUCUGUUACUGGGAGUCUGAGGAUACUAUGCUGAUGAUUUUAAAGGAAAUAUAUAGCUCCGUUGGCAUUCAGACAGACGCACAACUUCCACAGCAAACGUUGUGCGUAGAACGGCUCUCCCCAUCGCCAACUUUGUCGUCGUCCUCUAAAUGUGACGGGAUACCGCCUAUGGCACGUGUCAUUGGAAUGAAUCCUACUACACCUAUAUCUGAAAAACCUGUUAGCCCACCGCCUAAAAGCGGAUUUGUUAAAAAGUCAUGAUUAAAAUGGAAUCGCUAAGUUACCUGGAAACAUUUCAAGAUAACGAAAGGCAGGGCGAUGCUCAGAAUCAUUCAAUCGCUGCCGAUCAGGUUGAUGCGGGCAUUGUACCUGACGCUAACGCUAGUUACAAAUUUUACGAUUACUGAGAAUCAAAUUUUCCUGUUUCCUACGAGGAAAUGUUAUCAAAUCUGCGCUAUAACGUCGUAAAGUAUUGUCCAAGUGGAUUGUUCCUUCGUGUGUUCUCAAAUACGCCGUUUAGAUUCGUCGACCUAUGUGACAACGUUCAAGUAUCAAACGAUUAACUAAAAGCAUCAUACAUUAAGAAGCGAUUUAAAUGAAUGAAUUAUGAUAUUCUAAGUCCUAGGCGAACCGUGAAAAUUAUACAUAUAAGAUUGAAGAGUUGGUCUUAAUUUGAUAUAUACGAUACGUUGUCGCACUCUAAAGAUAUCGCAAUAUUCAUUGAAGGAAUUUAAAGGAUACUAAUAUGGGACAAACGAACGCAAGUGAGAGAUUUGUAAUACAAAAAAAAGGUUAUAUAUAAUAUAAGGAUUAAUCACAUAUUGUUUAUUGUAAAUAUAUGAUUUAUAAAUACAAGUUAAAUAGACUAUGAAGUUUUUCAAAAUUUGCUUGCAUUAUGAGAAUUUAAUUCUACGUUCUCAUUAAUGUAAGGAUUUUAAUAAAAUACCAUAUUCUUCUA